AUGGGUCUCACAUUUCUCCCACGACCGCAGCCACAACCGCGGAAGCGUAGUCGAGCAAUAGCAGACAUUGAUGGUGAACACUCUUGCUUGCAAAAGAAGAAGCGCCGACUCAGAUUGUUUCUCAUCACUUCAAGGCUAUCUCCUCAGUUCUCACAUCCUGCCACCAACAUAGUCGAUAGAGGCAGUUCCAAGAUCGCAGUAUGGGCGAAGCAGAAAUCACUCGGACGGAACCUGUUACGGAAGGCGGCUAUCUUGAACCACAUACGACGAGGAGUUAUAUCUGCCGAGGAACGGGGCGUACAGCCCAGACAAGUGCUGGUCGAGCAAGAGAGGGAGCAGAACGAGCUCGCACUAGCGAAAUUGGAGUUCAAUUACGGCAGCAUAGACACUUACACACGCCCGGUCACAUCACACUAUCGAUCACCGAAUGAAGCCUUUGCAAGCCUCUUGCCUCGUGCUCAAGUACCCAGAAAGGACUACCUACCGCUACCACCGUCGCCACUUGGUCUGUCCAACUACGACGCUUUCGACGCCGAUGACGAUCCAUACUCCCACCUCGAUGAUGACGAUGAUGAGUCCUCUGUCAAUCUGUUUGACGAAGAUGAAGAUGCCGACAGUGUCCCGUUCUCACCUUCUGCCGUCGCAGAGACGUCGAUUUCCUCACACACAGGAGCCAGCCACCUUCUUAACACACCGCUACUUCUUGUACCACCAGACCUAGACAUACUGGACCACAGCGAGCCCGUCUUCGGCGACUACGACCAAGUAGAUGGCGGCGAACAUGCCGCGUGGCCAAGCAACUCAGCAGAAACGACUACUAGACUUCCACGCCCUCUUCGCAACCGCACACGCGAAGCGAACAGACUCCUUCGCGACAUCACCCAAUUUUCGACCCGUCAUAUCGAAGAGCCCGUUAUUGCGUACUUCCAGACCGGUCUCGAGGUCGCUGAACUUCUCAAGUGCUGCACCGUCGUCGCCGAAUUUUGCGCCUACGUCGCUAUCGGCUUGUGUAUCACCAAACUUUGCUCCCGUGGCUGCGUCACCGAAUUUUACUUCCACGGUAGCGUCGCCGAAUUUCACUUCUACAGUUAUGUCGCCCAACUUUGGCGCUGCGGCGGUAUCGCCGAACCUCAUCGCACUGGACACUCCUAUACCCACGCCACGGCGAAUGUCGACGCCAUCGGCACCUCGACCAGAGUUCACACACAGCGCUGUCAAUGCAGCGCGAAAACAGAAGAGAAAUCCCAAUUUCUCUGA